AUGGCGCGCGAGUUACGGCCGGGGUCAACAACGUGCAUCACGCACAAACACACUCCGCAAUAUAGCGGCCGCGGCGCUGCACCUGCCGCCUGCCCCUGCGUGCACGCAGCCCGGCGCGCGUCAGCCCGCGACUGGCGUCAACAGCGCCGGCUGCACCCCUCUGCUGGGGCAGCACGUCAGCAGCUGCGCUCACCGCCCUUAUCGCGGGGUGAGGAUCUAGGGAGCGCACUGGGAAUAUCUGUGGAAUGCUGUGGGUCGUGGCAAUUGGCCUCCGGCGAGGGGAAAUGGGACGAGGCCAGCGCUAAGGCAGCCCUGCAGCAGGACGGCCCGGGUGGCAGGGCCAGGGGAUGCUCACAGCCGGCGAUUUUCGCAGCAGCAGCGGCGGCGGCGGCGGCAGCGGCACGCGACGCCGGCCCCGCCGUCCGGGGGCCCGCUAGUAGCGAGCACGGCCUGCAGAGGCGCGCGCGGCGCUCGCUAUCGAGCUACGGUGGCGCGGGCGGGCGGGGGCGGGGGACGGGCGGCGGCGGCGGCGGCGGCGGUCCAGUAGCGGCGCGACGGCGGCGCCGGCACGCGCCCGGCCCGCUGCCGCUGCCGGCUCACACACGCGCCGACCGCCGAGUACGAGCCGGCACGCGCGCGCACACACGGGGAAGGACCAGCGCCGAGAAGGCGGCGGUGGCGGCGGCGGCGCGGCAGACGCCGGCGGGCCGGUGGGCCCGCGAGGAGCCGGGGGCUGCAGGCGCUGCGCGCCCGCCGCGUGAUCAAUACGGCGCCCGAGGCCAGCCGCCGCCGCCGCCACCACGCCCCCGCCCACCACCCUGCCCGCCUGUCGGCCGGCCGCCGGUGCCGGCUGCGGCCGCGCCGCGGCGCCAGCGUCGCCGGCACCGCAGUCGCCGGCACCCGGCUCCUCCGAGCACAACACCACUGCGCGGCGUGGCGCCUCCACGAGCACAAUGCUACGCUUUAGCUGGUUGA